CUUUUCACAGGUUGAGCACAGAACGACAGAAUAGGAACGUUCGCUUCCCUUCAUCAUGUGCAUAGUAGUAAUUUCCAAUCCAAGACAUUACUUUGCCUUCACAUCUUCAAAUCUUCAAUAAUUUCGAUCACGUUUUAAUAGCUUCCUUCGGUCAUGCUUAAUAGCAUCGAUCACGUCUCCACAAUGAGCUUUAGAAAGAAGAAUAACAAGUCAACUGUAUCAUAUCAUAUAAUCUCCACAUUCCGCGUUUUCUCUGCAACUUUUGGUUCUCUGGAUCCGAAAAGCCUCCAUCUUUAACCCUUCUGAACCUCAACUGCAUAUUCUCCCCGAGAUUUGGUCUACUUUUCCGCCUGAAUUCUGUUUCCCGGGUAUUUCAGAAUCUCACUUCCAUCAUUCAGCUUAUCUGGUAAAUGGUCAUAGGCUCUCAUCUCCUCGGCUCAAUAGACUGAAUUUUGAUUGGAGGAAAAAUGGCACAUUCCAACUCUGGGGAGGACUUCUUGAACAAUUUCAAAAUUCCAAAGUAUGUACUAGUGCCAAAAUCAGAGAGUGAAAAAGUACCUGAUGUACCCCAGUGUCCAGUUUUAGUGUUUAUCAACUCCAGAAGUGGUGGUCAGCUAGGUGGGGAUCUUCUUGUAACGUACCGUUCCCUUCUCAAUGAAACUCAGGUUUUUGAUUUGGAGGAAGAGACUCCUGAUAAGGUGCUGAGCCGAAUCUAUGCCAAUCUUGAAAAACUCAAGCAGAAUGGGGAUGAAGUUGCUACAAAGAUUCAAGAGAAAUUGAGAAUAAUUGUUGCAGGUGGUGAUGGAACUGCUGGUUGGCUUCUUGGAGUUGUUUCUGAUCUCAAAUUAUCUCAUUCACCCCCAAUAGCAACAGUACCCUUGGGAACUGGAAACAAUCUUCCAUUUGCAUUUGGAUGGGGGAAGAAGAAUCCCGGGACAGAUCCUCAAUCUGUGAAAUCGUUUUUGAAUGAAGUAAAGAAAGCCAAGGAAAUGAAAAUAGACAGCUGGCACCUCCUCAUGAGGAUGAAGACUCCAAAAGAUGGUCCAUUGGAUCCCAUUGCUCCUCUUGAGCUUCCACAUUCUUUGCAUGCAUUUGGCCGAGUCUCUGAUACAAACGAGCUGAGCGUGGAAGGUUACCAUACAUUUCGUGGGGGGUUUUGGAACUACUUCAGUAUGGGGAUGGAUGCUCAAGUAUCAUAUGCGUUUCAUACUGAGCGAAAGCUGCAUCCCGAAAAGUUUAAAAACCAGUUGUCAAAUCAGAGUACUUAUGCAAAGAUUACCCGUUCACAAGGCUGGUUUUCUUCUUCCCUUUCUCAGUCUUCUUCCCGGAACAUAAACCAAUUUGCAAAGUUGAUGAUCAUGAAAAACCACGGUGGUCAAUGGGAAGAGCUCCAAAUUCCUCCAAGCAUCAAGUCAAUUGUGUGCCUCAAUUUACCUAGCUUUUCUGGUGGAUUUAAUCCUUGGGGAAUGCCAAGUAGGAGGCGGCAUAAAGGAGAAUUUACUCCUCCACAUGUAGACGAUGGCCGCAUUGAGGUCGUUGGUUUCAGAGAUGCAUGGCAUGGGCUUGUUUUGCUUGCGCCAAAGGGGCAUGGGACUCGUCUUACCCAGGCCCACCGGAUCCGCUUUCUGUUUCACAAGGGUGCAAUCGAUCAUACGUACAUGAGGAUCGAUGGCGAACCUUGGAAGCAACCCCUCCCAGUUGAUGAUGAAACUGUCAUGGUGGAAAUCUCUCACCUUCGCCAGGUGAACAUUCUCGCCAGGCACGGCUGCAGGUCGAAAAGCAUUAACAAUCCCGUGUCACCAACCAGCCAUGAAGCUGAUGAAGAGGAUUCAGAUGAAGAAGCUCAUGAAUCAGCGGAGUAUAGGAAGUUUGGUGCAGCAGACACAUUUAAGCUCCCAGAAGAAAUUGAUAUUUCUCAGCUUAGUUAAACCUCUUAUUAAGUCAUUCCUGUCUGCCCCAUCCUAAUUCCCUUGUGAACGAGUGAGAUUUCUAUUGGGAUUUCAUUGCCAUCUUAGCUUAGUACCAUUUCCAGCAGUCAACCAUGAAAGAUCUUUUUAUUUCUUUGUGAAGAAUUGUUAUCCAGCUGUAUAUUAUUGAUUUAUGUGAAUGAAUCGAAUGCAAAUAAUUCUACUCAAAUUCGUUGGAUCC